CACAGCGAGACACAAUCAUCUCUUGGAAGUGCUGAUUCAGAGGCUGCUGCAUCUUAGGACAUCCUGUGUGUUUCAGAAAUGAACCAUUGUUUGGGCCUCCUGGCAUUGGGGCUUUACCUCUGCUUGUUCCACCAUGUGAAUGGAGAGCUCUUGAAGAGGAAUUUCAUCCUGAAGGCAGUGAAUGAUGCCAAGAUAAGAGUUGAUGCGGACUAUGAGUACUCCAGAAAAGAGAGUUUAUCACGAGUAAGGAGGAAUACUGUCGGGUCUAUGGACAUCAGGCGACUGCUGACACAGCCUGCUCGGGACACCCGCUCAGCAGUGCGAGCUGCCGAAUAUAUGGAGAAUACCAUCAAACUGAUCCUGGCGAGAUCAACCCAAAACCACCAUAUUCACAAGCGCUCCCUCAAUGCUACAGACCUGAUCUCUGCCCAUGAUCUGGAGACUAUUGCUAAUCUGACUGGCUGUGCAGCCAGGACCCAUCGCCCUUCCUGUGAUAACAUCCCCACGGUGAACAGGUUCCGCACGGCCACCAGUGUCUGCAACAACAGAAAAGAACCUCGCAGGGGUGCUUCCAACACGCCCUUCACCCGCUGGCUCCCUCCUCAGUAUGAGGAUGGUGUCUCCCUGGCAAAGGGCUGGGACCCAAACAGACAAAUCAAUGGGAACUACCUUCCCUUGGUGAGGGAGGUUUCUGACCACAUCUUGAAACCAGUGGACAAUAACUUGGAGAGUGACGUUUUGAACACCAACCUGGUGACCUUCUUUGGCCAGUGGACUGACCACGACCUGACUCUCACCCCGACGUCCCCCAGCAUCCGCUCCUUCAACAACGGUGUAAACUGUGAUGUGAGCUGUGAUCGCACAGAGCCCUGCUUCCCCAUCACGAUCCCAGAGGAUGACCCCCGCACCGACAAGACGUGCAUCACCUUCUUCCGCUCGGCCCCUGCCUGCGGCUCAGGCUACACGGGCCACAUCUUCGGAGCCGCCAACGUGAGGGAGCAGAUUAACGCUCUGACGAGCUUCAUUGACUCGGGCCAGGUGUACGGCUCAGAAGACGCACAGGCCCGCGACCUCCGCGACCUCACCAGUGACAAGGGCCUGCUGCGGGUCAACACCCGGUUCACAGACAACGGGCGCGAGCUCCUGCCCUUCUCCAACAUGGAUGUCAGCAUGUGUGCCAACCACCGCCGCAUCACCAACAACAGCAACGCAGAGGAGGUGCCCUGCUUUGUGGCGGGUGAUCCCCGUUCCACGGAGAACAUUGCCCUGACCUCCAUCCACACAUUGAUGCUGCGUGAACACAACCGUCUGGCCCGAGCCCUCGCUCAGCUCAACCCUCAGUGGACUGGAGAGACCAUCUACCAGGAGGCCCGUAAGAUCAUGGGAGCCAAAUUCCAGGUGUUCACGUUCAGGGACUACCUGGUCCACAUCGUGGGCCCAGACUUGAUUAAAAAGAAGCUGUCCAGCUACCCUGGUUAUGAUGAGAAUGUGGACCCCACCAUAGCCAGUGUGUUUGCCACUGCUGCCUUCCGCUUUGCUCACCCUACCAUCCAACCCUUUCAGUUCCGUCUGGAUGAGAAUUACAAUGAGAGCCCUCGGUACCCCAGCCCGCUUCUGCACAACGCCUUCUUCACCCCCUGGAGGAUCAUCUUUGAAGGUGGUUUGGACCCUGUUGUGAGGGGGCUGGUCGGACGUCCGAAUAAGCUGAACACUCAGGACCACAUAUUGCACGAUGAGCUGAGGGAAAAGCUGUUUGACUUGUCCAUGCAUCUGAACCGAGACCUGGGUUCUCUCAACAUGCAGCGUGGUCGGGACCACGGGAUCCCUGGUUACAAUGAAUGGCGUGGUUUUUGUGGACUAUCCCAGCCCAAGGACCUGACUGAGCUGGCGGUGGUGAUGAACAACACUGUGCUGGCUCAGAAACUGCUGGACCUCUAUGGGACUCCUGACAACAUUGAUGUGUGGCUAGGAGGUGUGGCUGAACCCUUUGUUCCCAAUGGCCGUGUGGGUCCCCUCUUAGGCUGCCUCAUCGCCAAUCAGUUCCAGAAGAUCCGUCAAGGAGAUCGAUUCUGGUGGGAGAACGAUGGAGUCUUCACUGACGCUCAGAGAGACAGUUUGAGGAAGGCGUCUCUGGCUCGUAUCAUCUGUGACAACACUGGCAUCACCGAUGUCCCUAAGAACCCCUUCUAUUUCCGCCCACGUGGGGUUGGUUACACCCCCUGUGAAAACAUCCCUGCCUUUGACCUCAGCCCCUGGAAAGAAAACAGACAACCAGGACCACCAGGACCACCCGGACCACGAGGACCACCAGGACCACCAGGGCCACAGGGUUUGCCUGGCACUGCUGCAAAAUCUGCCUUUGCACUACAUCUGGGCAACAACUCCCCCAUAGCAGGCCAACCCCUCCGAUUCCAUGAGGUCAUCUACAACGGACAGAAUCACUACAACCCCACGACAGGGGUGUUCACGUGUGUGGAGCCAGGAGUCUAUGAGUUUCAGUUCCAUUGCACCAUAAAUCAGAAUGUAGGAAAUGUGGACCUUCUGAAAAACGGUAAGCUGGUGCUACACGGUUUCACCACCAAUCAGAACAGCCUCAUCACAGCCACUGGAGACACUCUGCUGCAACUGAAAAAGGGGGACCGUAUCUGGCUGGCAGCUAAUCGUGGAGGAAUUGGUUUGACCUCUGAUAGCUACUUCUCAGGCCACCUCAUCUUCACUGCCUAGAGCAGGAGAGCCGAAUGUAUUUUCUGUAUUUCUUUUAAAUGUUGUACUUCUUUUUGCUUUUCAGUUUACUAUAAACAGCCUUUAAAAACAUCUAAUUUUAACUGCAGUUUCAGCCACUUCAGUUAAUGAAAUGGAAGCCUUUAUUUUAUGGCUUUAAGGUGAUUGUGGAUUUCAGCUGAUUUUUUUCAAAUGGGAUUUUAAAUUCGGAGAUUAUCUGAUUUACUUCCAUAGAUUUUUUAGCUGCCAUAGCUGAAGUUCGCAAAAACAUCAUAAUGUAAUAUUGAAAGUUUGUCGAUUUGUGUUCGGUUGGCAAAUUUAGCCUCUCAAAAAUAUUGUCUUUUGAAAUUCUGGCAAUGAAAAUCAGGAACCCACAAAAAACCUCAGUUGAUUCAACUUUACCAAUGAUUAAGUCCUGGAUUAGGAAAAUCAGAUGAGCCAUAAUGUAUGCUUAUGUAUGUAUAAAUAUGUGUGUGUGUGUGCGUUUGAUCAAAAUAAUGUUCUUAUAGUGUUCCAUCCCUUGAAAUUAAAAACUAUAAUAAUGAAUAAUAAAA